UGUGUGUGUGUGUGUGUGUGUGUGUUGCUGUCAGUCCGCGGCUGCCGCGCUUUUACUGAGAAGUGAGGUCAAAGUGGACACAGACUCCUCGUCUAUCUGAACGAAUGGUAACCUAACGGACAUGACCAGUAAAGGAUUGUGUUGUGACAGCCUGGAGGAACCCAAAGUUCUGAUGAAGAUGGGUCUGAGCAUUGUCCUCGUUGGCCAUGUCAACUUCUUGUUGGGAGCGCUGGUCCAUGGUGUGGUGUUGAGACACAUCAACCUUCACAAGCAGGCCCAGGCCAUGGAGUACGCCAUCUCCAAUGUGAUUGCCCUCAGCUCCGGCCUGGUGGCCAUUGUUGUUGGCAUUCUGGCUGUUGUCCUGUCUAAGAACAAGAAGAGCAAAAACCUGACGCGGUCAGUCUUCACCCUCAGUUUCGUGGCUGCGGCCAUGGCGGCGGCUUCGGUCAUCGGAUUGUUCGUGUCUGUGGUGAGGGCCAUCAUUCACAGUGGGCGGAGCCUCCUGACUCACUGCCGCUUUCCUGACGCCAUCGGUUACUCCAGCGUCACUAACGAGUGUCCUUUUGACCCCACCCGCAUCUACAGCACCACCCUGAUCCUGUGGGUGCCACUUAUCGUGACCUGCAUCGUCCAGCUGGUGUUUUGCGCCCGCUGCUUCUCUGUCUGCAUGUCAUUCCUCGGCCUGCUUUGCUGUCAACGCAGGAAACGACUCAGAAAUUACAUCAAAGCGAGACUUGAUGCUGACACCAUAAGUAGGUAUUCACAGCACAGACAACAGACAUCUCUACAUUUUAACAAGAUUAACACGGCGAGGCCGACGGAGCGAGCCGCUCCCUCCAGCUACAUUGAGCCCGAGAGACGGCCGCUUCACUCCCCUCCUCCUCAAUCUUCUCUUCCUCCCGCUGCUCCUCCUCCUCCUCGGCAACUCCAUCGCCAGCACAGAAGUCUCCCUCCUCCUGAGAGGCAGCCUCACCGCCCGCCGCACAGGCAAAGGUCAGACAGAGGAAGGUCAGAGCCCCGGGCUGGCGACCAGCGAGGGGCCCGAGAGCAGCACCAGCUCCUGGAGAGGGGCGCACUGGAGAGGUCCAGCUUCUGGGUUUAACCCACUGCACUGUUCACAUUAUUUCUCGCAGCAACACUCGGAUUUCAAGAAUGCUGUUGCUUUGUUUGAGUCUGUACUUCAAAAACUCUGACCUCUGACCUCAGAACUGUUACGACUAAGAGAGAGAUGCUGUCUUUGGCACGUGACUUGACUUCGUGUAUUAUUCUUCAGGUUGCUUUCAGGACACGCAGGAAAACACUAGAUCUUACUGAGGAGACGACACGCAGCCGGUCUUCAGUCACAUCUGAGUGUACAUGGGUGUGACCUCAACCUUCAAUCUGUUUUUUUUUUGUUUUUUUUCUCUCCUUGAGAAUGAACAGUCGGGUUUUUGGACCUGACUGAGACAUGGGAUUUGACUUUAUCCUGCUAGUAGGUCAAGAAAAUGCAGCACGGUGCUUUAUUUGAAUUUAAUGUCCAGAGGAAUAAAGUAAUAAUUGCUUUUUA